AAUUGGCUCAAGGCUUGUACCACACUUCAGGCAGAGGUGAGGGAUUCGCGCAGUGUAGGCGCGCGGAAGCUGGGUCAAACUAUCCACCAUCUAUCAUCUCAAGUAGAGUUACUUCAAGUUGAAGUAGAUGGCCUGCGCAAGAAGCUAUACCAAAACAGGAAGCAUAAGAAGCAACCUAACAGGCAACUAGACCUGCAACAACACCAAGAGUAUCAUGGAGGUGCAAUAAUGUGGUCUCCUCGGUCCUUCCGGGAGGCGCGCGCUCGCAUGGCUGUUGCAGACCACGAGAGGCAAGAGGAGGAGCAAAAAAAGGCAGAGACAAAGGAGCAAGCUGCUGCUAAUAAAAUCUACAAUGAGAAGAUAGCAAGAGAAAAGCGUGAGCAGCGGGCAGAGAAGAAAAAAGCAAGAGACCAGGCCAAGGCAAAGGAGCGAGCAGCUAUUAAUGCUCGCAAAGAGCAGAGACGCAAGGAUAAGGAAGCUCGCGACGCUGAAAAAGCUCUCAAAUCAUCUCAAAGAGGCAAUUGCACAUCCUCAAAAGCUUCUGCAGUUAAACAG